AUGACGAGUAAUGAUGAACCCGACAAAAAACCUCGUAGCAGUACCGCGAAAAUGAACGCUCGGGAACAGGAAGAAAACACUCGACGCCGCCGUGUCAGUAGCUCGGACGAGAAGUUGUUGUCGUCGUCGUCGUCUUCCUCGUGGUGGUCCCAGAAAUCUAGUGCAGGUGUCAGCGGGCAGUCGUCGCCGAAAAAUUCCGUGACGUCGGGUCCACUUCCGGUGACAGCAUCGCGCUCCUCGGCACGGUCCACGGCAUUCGCAAUCGCCUAUGGCCGGCUUGGAUUUCCACUGGCUACGGUCCACGGGGUGGUGGACGGCCAGCGUUUACGGUGGCUGGUGCCACCUGAGCUGGUGGACUACGACGCGUAUCUGCCCGUGCUGGCCGACGGGCUGCGCGAACAGCCCAUGCCUUAUGGGACGUGCGCGACGUUCGGCCUGUGGGAGCUGCUGGCUUGGGACAUCCCGGGUGACCGCGUGCUGUCCGCUUUGCCCCAGACCGUGUUCCCGAUCCGCCGGGCUCUGGACGUAGGCCCACGUGACUGGCCAACCACGGUGCGCGCGCUCAAGUCCCUCCAGAAGCUGUCGUCGGCCGGCCGCAAAGGCCUCGUAGGGCCGGCCAUGGUGUCCUAUUACCGACAGCUGUUGUCACCCAUCAACAGAUACCAGCACACCGGUGCUGGAGUGAUCGCCACUGACGGCCUGGACGUAAACGUCACGUAUAACCUGUCCAACCUGUGCCAUGACACGCUGUGUGUGCUCGAGCGCACCGGUGGUGCUUGCGCUUACAGCAGCAUCAAGUCUGUCGUACCAACAUACCAGAGCUGUAUCACGGUAGUUGGAUGCACAGCCACUGGUAGCCUGGACAGGAUCAAAGUCGGCUACAAGGCACUCCAGUAA